CGUUUGGGGUUGGACAUGGGAAAAGGAUUUAAGAACAGAACUCCUAGGAAAUGGUCACAAGAGUGGGAAGUCGAGUUGGCAAUUGUGCUAAUGACAAAGGUGAUUGAACUGGGUGGAAUUCCAACAAUUGGUGAUUGUGCAGUGAUAUUACGAGCUGCUUUAAGAGCUCCCAUGCCUUCAGCCUUCUUGAAGAUCUUGCAGACGACACACAGUCUUGGCUACUCUUUUGGCAGCCCAUUGUACGAUGAGAUCAUCACAUUGUGUUUAGACAUUGGAGAACUUGAUGCAGCCAUUGCCAUAGUUGCAGAUAUGGAAACCACAGGGAUCACUGUCCCUGAUCAAACCCUUGACAAGGUCAUAUCUGCUAGACAAUCCAAUGAGAAUCCGCGGUCUGAGCCUGAAGAGCCACCAUCAACAGUAAGCUCUUAGUUAUCAUAUCUUCCUUCUUCUGCUUUACUGUGAAGCUCUCUAAGAAACAGAAAUCGGAAGAAGCAGCUGAAUCCGUCUUAGUUAUAAAAGUUUUGUUCAUUAUCUGCAAAUAAUUCCAUAGAGGGUUUAAUUUUAAGUACAAGUCAUGUAGUUCCCAGUGUAGAACAAUUUUUACUAGUGUUGCACCAGGUCCCUCCAGUUUGAUACUUAAUUCUUUAGUGUUGAAUC